GUGUGUGUGUUUGAAAGGGGGGGGGUGGGUGCCAAUGAGGGAGCAGAGAAGCUACAGUUACUGCAAAGAUAGUUUGAACGGAGUAGAUGUUCUGAAGCUACAACUCUUGGACGUCUAACAAAAUAUAUUCCACACAAUGGUGGCCAUUGCAUUUCUGGAGAAGCGAUACAAAGGUGGCCAAUGACAAUCACUGCACAACAAGACGAAAGCAGGAGGGAGACACUUGGAAACUUGCUAUACAAGGUCAGAAAAGACUGACAUUUAACUUACUAACUACUAUCAGACCGAAUAAACUGUAGUAAAUACUGAGUCACAGAGGUGCCUACUGGAUUGAAGAAUUUCAUGGUUAGCAUUCACAGUGCACAUAUCUGUGGAAUGCUAGAGGCCACCUGUCGUUUCAUUCAUGUUACUUAAUACAGAUCUGCACAUGGCAGCUAACUGAAUCACACCAGUGGAUUUCAACUGAUUUUGCCACACAGCCAGGAGCUCUGAAAUAUUGCAGGAUUAAUCCUCUUAGAUUGAUCACUUCCAACCACACCUCUGGAUGACAUCAAAUGCUGAAUUAUUCCAAUCUUCGACAUGAAGUAAUCCACAGUUACUAGUGCGUUAAAUGCAUCCUAGUUGGGAUUACAGCCUUGUCACAUCAAACAGCAGAAGGUGAUUUUCAUAUUUAAGAUAAUAUCUAGUCAGUUUUGGUUCUGGGUCCAGAUGUUCCUUAACACAGUGCUGGUGGUCCUGACGGACCUGGCAGCUCGGCUGCUGGGUAACCAUGUAUUCAGGCGGCACUUCCACCUGUUGCUAUCUGCAGUGGUGAUGUUCGGUCCUGCACUGAGCUUCUGGGUCUCCCAGCACAGUGUCUUUGCCAAGAGAAGCCACUUUCUCUACAGGAUGUUCCUGCGCUCUGGCUGGGGCUGGACCUGCAUCUUUGUCGGUUCCUUUGUCUUCCUCCUCUCCUUUUCCAUCAGUCGUUCCCUUGCACUCUCCAUCCGUCACCUCUCCAGGCUUGGGCUGGCUGGUGGACUGUGGCUUAGUUUCUGCAAACUGCUGGACUAUCUGGAGAAUGCCACAGGAAGCUGCUAUGAACCUUUAAUCACCAACCAAGAGAUUACCAAUGGCCAGCCUCUGUUAGUGUUACGAGAGGGGGAGAGUAAGUCUGAAUGCCUAAAAGCUGGGAUGUUGUGGAGAGGAUAUGAAGUUUCAGAAGAUGUCUUCCUUCUCUGUCUCUGCUGCCUGCUGUUGGCAGAGGAGACAGCUGUGUUUGGUCCUUAUUUAAGUUUGGGGGGGGUCUCAGAUGCUCCUCUAAGGAUCCUCUUCCUGUUCUGUGUUCUCUUGCUCUGGCUCUGGAUCUUUCUGCUGCUCUGCCUCUUAGCUUACUUCCCUAAGUUCCCCACUCAGCUGCUGGGAGGCGCUCUAGGCUGUCUGAGCUGGAGGGGACUGUAUCAGGGUUGGUAUCGCUUGGGGCCCAGCUGGUAUUGUCCCGGGAGGCCUGGACUGGGACUGUUCAACACCAAAGCCAGCAGUAAUGAAGCUGAAGCCACACAACUGAGCCAUGAUCACUGCAAUUAACUGAAAAAACUGAUUUCAACACAAAGAUGAAUUAAAUCAUUAGGUCAGGGUGGUUCUUGAAACUCUACAAGAAUUCCAUGCAGGAAACAGCAGUUGAUAUUUAGAUACAGGCUGGAAAUGUUUGAGAAAUCCUGAUUUUGCUGAACCCACGCUUAGAUUUUGUUUGCAACGUAAAGAAAAAAAUGAGUAUCUAAAAUUAUCUGAUGGAUUUAUGAUUCGCUUGUUAGCAUCUACAACUCAAAAAUACAUUGAAGACUUGUGUAUUGAAAGACUUGAAUCCUAUAAGGCCCAUUAAUGAGAUAGACAAGUAGUACGCCUGACAGAUACAAUCAAACAUCCAUGCAAUUCUCUGUAGUGCCUUUUUUGCCUGGUGUCUGCUAGCAUCUUAACAGAGAACACAUAGAGAAUGUCUACAAGUGUUCUGACACUUUAAUUUAAAUCUUUAUUUGGGGAUGAGGGGAUGAAGACUGGGAGGGUUGGGUGCCAAGGUCCCAGCUAUAGAGUGGACAAAUUCAAAGGUAAAACCAGAGCAGUGGAUGGGUCAGUGUGGUAUAUUACUUCUUGUAGAUAAUUGAUUGUCCAUUAGCAGGGUGCUGCACUGUGUCUCACUUUGAAUAACUCCUAGAACCUCAGGGCAGGGCUUAUUCACUGUAGAUUUCAGUUGCUCUGCUUUGCAUCUCGGGCCAACUGAGCCAAUGUGGGCUAUGGCUCUAUAUACAGUGGGCAUGUUGGGUAAUGGUUAGGCAGCAAGCAGACAGAACGGACAGAGAAAGGAAAAAAAAAAGGCUGGGGGGGAGUAAAAAGUAGAAUGUAGGUGGGAGUAUAUUAGUGUGUAUGAUUGUAUUUAUGUGUCUGUGUACAAUAAAGCUGUUGCCUAGCCACAGUUCA